AUGGAUAUAAUUAUGGGGUACUGUGUGGGCACAAGGCCGCCUCCUGCCUGCCUCCUCCUCCUGCUUCUCAAGCUUUUGGCCACAGUCUCCCAGGGGCUGCAGAGGACUGGACCCCUGGGCUUCCACUUCACACAUUCCAUUUACAACGCUACCGUGUAUGAGAAUUCAGCAGCAAGAACCUAUGUCAACAGCCAGAGUAGAAUGGGCAUCACCCUGAUAGAUCUGUCCUGGGAUAUCAAGUACAGAAUAGUGUCUGGAGAUGAGGAAGGCUUUUUCAAAGCAGAGGAAGUGAUCAUUGCUGAUUUCUGUUUCCUCCGAAUAAGAACUAAAGGUGGCAAUUCUGCCAUAUUGAAUAGGGAAAUCCAGGACAAUUAUUUAUUGAUAGUUAAAGGUUCUGUGAGAGGAGAAGACUUAGAAGCAUGGACCAAAGUGAAUAUACAGGUCUUGGAUAUGAAUGAUCUGAGGCCUUUGUUUUCGCCCACCACGUACUCUGUUACAAUUGCAGAAAGCACACCUUUACGGACUAGUGUCGCCCAGGUGACAGCAACAGAUGCGGACAUCGGGUCCAACGGAGAGUUCUACUAUUACUUUAAAAACAAAGUCGACCUCUUUUCAGUCCACCCCACGAGUGGUGUCAUCUCGUUAAGCGGACGCCUCAAUUACGAUGAGAAGAAUAGGUAUGACUUGGAAAUUUUGGCCGUCGACCGGGGCAUGAAACUCUAUGGUAACAACGGGGUGAGCAGUACUGCGAAGCUUUAUGUUCACGUCGAACGGGUCAAUGAGCACGCCCCAACCAUCCACGUGGUCACCCACGUUCCCUUCUCGCUGGACAAAGAGCCCACAUAUGCCGUAGUGACCGUUGACGAUCUGGACGAGGGGGCCAAUGGGGAGAUUGAGUCGGUUUCCAUAGUGGCUGGGGACCCUCUGGAUCAGUUUGUCCUGGCCAAGGAGGGCAAGUGGCUGAACGAGUUCAAGGUCAAGGAGAAAAAGCAGGUCGACUGGCAAAGCUUCCCCUACGGCUACAAUCUCACGCUUCAGGCAAAAGACAGGGGUUCCCCGCAGAAGUUUUCAGCCGUCAAGAUUGUUCACAUCACCAACCCCAAAAGAGAUACUGUCCCUGUGAAAUUUGAACAGGAUGUGUAUGACGUGAGCAUCAGUGAAUUUUCCCCUCCUGGAGUCGUGGUUGUCAUUGUGAAAUUAAGUCCGGAGCCAUUAGAUGUGGAAUACAAAUUAGCUCCCGGGGAAGACUCGGAAUACUUUAAAAUUAACCCUCGGUCCGGCCUGAUUGUCACAGCACAGCCACUGAAUACCAUUAAGAAGGAGAUCUAUAAGCUGGGGGUGACCAACAGGGAAGGAGACCUGAGAGCACAAGUCACCAUCGGCAUAGAAGACGCCAACGACCACACCCCGGAAUUCCAGCAGCCACUCUAUGAUGCUUUUGUGAAUGAAAGUGUCCCUGUGGGCACCAGUGUCCUCAUGGUUUCUGCUUCAGACAAGGAUAAAGGAGAGAAUGGCUACAUCACCUACAGUAUCGCCAGCCUGAACUUGUUACCCUUUGCCAUCAACCAAUUUACAGGUGUCAUUAGCACAACAGAAGAAUUGGAUUUUGAAUCCUCUCCAGAAAUUUACAGGUUCAUCGUCCGAGCCUCUGACUGGGGUUCGCCCUACCGCCACGAAAGCGAGGUGAAUGUGACAAUUCGAGUCGGAAAUGUCAAUGACAACAGCCCUCUCUUUGAAAAAGUUGCAUGCCAGGGAGUUAUUUCCUAUGACUUUCCAGUUGGGGGUCACAUCACAGCUGUCUCUGCCAUUGACAUCGAUGAGCUUGAGCUUGUGAAGUACAAAAUCAUCUCGGGAAAUGAACUUGGUUUCUUUUACUUAAACCCAGACUCUGGAGUUUUACAGCUGAAAAAGUCAUUGAUAAACUCUGGCAUUAAAAAUGGCAAUUUUGGCCUGUGGAUUACAGCCACAGAUGGGGAGAAUUUUGCAGACCCCAUGUCUGUUAACAUUUCAGUCCUCCACGGCAAGGUUUCUUCCAAAAGCUUCAGUUGCAGGGAAACCCGAGUGGCUCAAAAACUGGCAGAGAAACUGCUCAUUAAAGCAAAAGCAAAUGGGAAACUGAACCUGGAAGAUGGAUUUCUUGACUUUUAUUCGAUCAACAGGCAAGGUCCACACUUUGACAAGUCUUUCCCUUCUGAUGUGGCUGUGAGAGAGGAUCUGCCAGUCGGUGCUAACAUCUUGAAGAUCAAAGCCUACGAUGCUGACUCUGGUUUCAAUGGGAAGGUACUGUUUACAAUAUCUGAUGGAAAUACAGACAGCUGCUUUAACAUUGAUAUGGAGACCGGGCAGCUUAAAGUCCUCAUGCCUAUGGAUCGAGAGCACACUGACCUCUAUCUCCUUAAUAUCACCAUCUAUGAUUUAGGCAAUCCACAGAAGUCUUCCUGGAGGUUACUCACCAUCAAUGUGGAGGAUGCUAAUGACAACAGCCCUGUUUUUCUUCAAGACAGUUACUCGGUUAACAUUCUUGAAAGUUCUAGCAUUGGUACUGAGAUUAUUCAAGUGGAAGCCAGAGACAAGGACUUGGGCUCCAAUGGAGACGUGACUUACUCAGUCUUGACAGAUACACAGCAGUUUGGCAUCAACAGCUCCACUGGGAUUGUGUUUGUAUCAGACCAGCUGGACCGGGAAUCUAAAUCAAACUACUCUUUAAAAAUAGAAGCCAGGGAUCGAGCAGAAAGCGGACAGCAGCUGUUUUCCAUUGUCACUCUCAAGGUGUUUUUGGAUGAUGUCAACGACUGCUCCCCAGCUUUCAUUCCCAGUAGCUAUAGUGUGAAGGUUCUUGAGGAUCUUCCUGUGGGCACAGUCAUUGCAUGGCUGGAGACCCAUGAUCCCGACCUUGGGUUGGGGGGUCAAGUGCGCUACUCUUUGGUCAAUGAUUAUAAUGGGCGAUUUGAAAUUGAUAAAGUGAGUGGUGCGAUCCGCUUGAGCAAAGAACUUGAUUAUGAAAAGCAGCAGUUCUAUAACCUCACUGUUCGGGCCAAGGACAAAGGGCGCCCCGUGUCCCUGUCCUCUGUUUCCUUCGUUGAAGUGGAAGUGGUGGAUGUCAAUGAGAACCUUCACACCCCCUACUUCCCCGACUUCGCUGUUGUUGGAUCUGUAAAAGAGAACUCACGCAUCGGAACAAGUGUUCUUCAGGUGACUGCUGAGGAUGAGGACUCUGGGAGGGAUGGAGAGAUCCAGUACUCCAUCAGGGAUGGCAGCGGCCUCGGGAGGUUUAACAUAGACGAUGAGAGUGGGGUCAUCACUACUGCGGACAUCCUCGACAGAGAGACAAUGGGGUCAUACUGGCUGACGGUGUAUGCCACGGACCGCGGUGUUGUUCCACUCUACUCCACGAUCGAGGUCUACAUUGAAAUCGAAGAUGUGAACGACAAUGCCCCGCUGACCUCGGAACCUAUUUAUUAUCCCGUCGUCAUGGAGAACUCGCCGAAGGAUGUUUCUGUCAUUCAGAUCCAGGCUGAAGAUCCUGACUCCAGUGCCAAUGAGAAGUUGACAUACAGGAUUACGAGUGGGAAUCCUCAGAAUUUUUUUGCCAUCAAUAUCAAGACAGGUCUGAUUACAACAACUUCAAGGAAGCUGGAUCGAGAACAGCAGGCAGAGCAUUUUCUGGAGGUGACUGUGACAGAUGGUGGCACCUCUCCCAAACAGUCAACAAUUUGGGUGGUGGUUCAGGUUCUGGAUGAAAAUGACAACAAACCCCAGUUUCCAGAGAAGGUCUACCAGAUCAAGCUGCCAGAGCGAGAUCGAAAGAAGAGGGGAGAACCCAUUUACAGGGCUUUUGCUUUCGACAGAGAUGAAGGCCCCAAUGCAGAAAUCUCCUACAGCAUCGUGGAUGGGAAUGACGAUGGAAAGUUCUUUAUUGACCCCAAAACUGGCAUGGUUUCUUCCAGAAAGCAAUUUACAGCGGGGAGUUAUGACAUCCUAACGAUAAAGGCGGUGGACAACGGGCGCCCACAGAAGUCCUCCACGGCCCGCCUCCACAUUGAAUGGAUUAAGAAACCACCCCCUUCGCCUAUACCGCUGAGCUUCGAUGAACCGUUUUAUAACUUCACAGUCAUGGAAAGCGAUAGAGUAACAGAGAUUGUAGGGGUGGUAUCUGUACAACCAGCUAACACCCCUCUGUGGUUUGACAUAGUUGGGGGGAAUUUUGACAGCUCUUUUGACGCAGAGAAGGGUGUUGGGACAAUUGUGAUUGCAAAGCCUUUGGAUGCAGAGCAGAGGUCCGUCUACAACAUGAGCGUGGAAGUCACCGAUGGGACAAAUGUCGCUGUCACCCAGGUAUUUAUCAAAGUGCUGGAUAAUAAUGAUAAUGGCCCAGAAUUCUCUCAGCCAAAUUAUGAUGUGACAAUUUCUGAGGAUGUGCUUCCAGACACAGAGAUACUACAGAUUGAAGCUACGGAUCGAGAUGAGAAGCAUAAACUGAGCUAUACCAUCCACAGCAGCAUUGAUUCCAUCAGUAUGAGAAAAUUCCGGAUCGACCCCAGCACCGGCGUCCUGUACACAGCAGAGAGACUGGACCACGAGGCGCAAGACAAGCACAUCCUCAACAUAAUGGUCAGAGAUCAGGAGUUCCCUUAUCGAAGGAACUUAGCGCGAGUCAUCGUGAAUGUGGAAGAUGCCAACGACCACAGUCCUUAUUUUACCAGCCCUCUCUACGAAGCUUCUGUGUUUGAAUCCGCUGCUUUGGGGUCAGCUGUUCUGCAGGUGACAGCACUGGACAAAGACAAGGGGGAAAACGCAGAGCUCAUCUAUACCAUCGAAACAGGGAACACUGGGAACACGUUUAAGAUUGAACCAGUCCUGGGCAUCAUCACUGUCUCUAAGGAACCAGACAUGACGACAAUGAGUCAGUUUGUCCUGUCAGUCAAAGUCACAGACCAAGGGUCCCCACCAAUGUCUGCCACUGCCAUCGUGCGCAUUUCUGUCACCAUGUCUGAUAAUUCUCUCCCCAAGUUCACACACAAAGACUACCAAGCAGAAGUAAAUGAAAAUGUUGAUAUUGGAACGUCAGUCAUUCUCAUCUCUGCCAUCAGCCAAUCUACCCUCAUUUAUGAAGUCAAAGAUGGAAACAUUGAUGGAAUAUUUACCAUCAAUCCAUAUUCUGGGGUAAUCACCACUCGGCGAGCACUGGACUAUGAACGUACUUCCUCUUAUCAGCUCAUUAUUCAGGCCACUAACAUGGCAGGGAUGGCUUCCAAUGCCACAGUCAAUAUUCAGAUUGUUGAUGAAAAUGAUAACGCCCCUGUGUUUCUCUUUUCUCAAUACUCAGGCAGCCUAAGUGAGGCAGCCCCAGUCAAUAGCAUUGUCAGGAGUGCAGAUAACAGCCCACUUGUUAUCCGAGCCAUCGAUGCUGACAGUAACCGGAAUGCACUGCUUGUGUAUCAGAUCGUGGAAUCCACAGCCAAGAAGUUCUUCACUGUGGACUCCAGCACUGGGGCCAUUAGAACAAUUGCCAACUUGGACCAUGAAACCAUAGCCCAUUUCCAUUUCCAUGUGCAUGUGAGAGACAGUGGGAACCCCCAGCUGACUGCAGAGAGUCCUGUGGAAGUGACCAUCGAGGUGACAGAUGUGAAUGAUAACCCACCUGUGUUCACACAAGCUGUGUUUGAGACAGUCUUGCUUCUGCCUACCUAUGUUGGAGUGGAAGUUCUGAAAGUUAGCGCAAGGGAUCCUGACUCAGAAGUGCCCCCUGAACUGACCUAUAGCCUUAAGGAAGGCGGCUGGGAUAAUUUUUUAAUUGACUCCAGCAGUGGUGUGCUCACUAUUAAAAACAACAACCUCUCCAAAGAUCACUACACGCUGAUCGUAACCGUAUCUGAUGGAAAGUUCUACAGCACCGCCAUGAUCACCAUUAUGGUUAAGGAAGCCAUGGAUAGUGGUCUUCACUUUACACAAAGUGUUUACUCUACUUCAAUCUCAGAGAACAGCACAAACAUAACCAAAGUUGCUAUCGUCAAUGCUGUCGGUAAUCGCCUUAAUGAGCCCUUAAAAUAUAGCAUCUUAAACCCAGGAAAUAAAUUCAAGAUAAAGUCUACCUCAGGGGUCAUUCAGACCACUGGAGUCCCCUUUGACCGCGAAGAGCAAGAGCUGUAUGAGCUGGUGGUGGAAGCUAGCCGUGAGCUCGACCACCUGCGUGUGGCGAGGGUGACGGUCAAGGUUAACAUCGAGGACAUAAAUGACAAUUCUCCAGUCUUCGUGGGCCUCCCUUACUAUGCUGCUGUACAAGUUGAUGCUGAACCUGGGACUCUGAUUUACCAGGUGACAGCCAUUGACAAAGAUAAAGGUGCAAAUGGAGAAGUGACCUACGUCUUACAGGAUGACUAUGGCCACUUUGAAAUUAAUCCUGAUUCAGGGCAUGUUAUUUUAAAGGAAGCAUUCAACUCCGACCUGUCUAACAUCGAGUAUGCAGUCACCAUCCUAGCCAGAGAUGGUGGGAAACCGUCUUUGUCUGCAUCUGUGGAACUUCCCAUUACCAUUGUCAACAAAGCAAUGCCUGUGUUUGAUAAACCAUUUUAUACUGCAUCCGUCAAUGAAGACAUCAGAAUGGACACACCCAUUCUAAGCAUCAAUGCCACCAGUCCAGAAGGUCAAGGGAUCAUAUAUAUCAUUAUUGAUGGGGAUCCUUAUAAACAAUUUAAUGUUGACUUUGACACUGGGGUCCUGAAAGUGGUGAGUGCUCUGGAUUAUGAAAUUACACCUGUGUACAAGUUAACAGUGAGAGCCAGCGAUGCCCUUACAGGCGCCAGGGCUGAAGUCACUGUUGACCUGUUAGUUAAUGAUGUAAAUGAUAACCCCCCUAUUUUUGAUCAAUCCACAUACAAUACAACCUUAUCAGAGGCAUCACUCAUCGGGACCCCAGUUUUACAAGUUGUGUCCACCGAUGCAGACUCAGAAAAUAAUAAGAUGGUCCAUUAUCAGAUUGUUCAGGAUACUUAUAACAGCACAGAUUAUUUUCACAUAGAUAGCGCCAGUGGCUUAAUCCUGACAGCUCGCCUGCUGGACCAUGAGUUAGUUCAAUACUGCACCUUGAAAGUCAGGGCAACAGAUAAUGGCUUCCCAUCACUGAGCAGUGAGGUCUUGGUCCAUAUCUACAUCUCAGAUGUAAACGAUAACCCUCCUGUGUUUAACCAACUCAUUUAUGAGUCCUAUGUGAGUGAGCUAGCCCCUCGAGGCCACUUUGUAACUUGUGUACAAGCCUCGGAUGCUGACAGCUCUGAUGCUGACCGGCUGGAAUACAGCAUUUUGUCUGGGAAUGACAGGACGAGCUUCCUGAUGGACAGCAAGAGUGGAGUCAUCACCCUGUCCAACCACCGGAAGCAGCGGAUGGAGCCUCUGUACAGUCUGAACGUGUCGGUCUCGGAUGGGCUGUUCACUAGCACGGCCCAGGUCCACAUCAGGGUGCUUGGAGCUAAUCUGUACAGCCCUGCCUUCUCCCAAAGCACCUACGUAGCUGAGGUUCGGGAGAAUGCACCUGCUGGGACAAAGGUCAUCCAUGUCCGAGCUACUGACGGAGACCCAGGGACCUACGGGCAGAUCAGCUAUGCCAUCAUCAAUGACUUUGCCAAGGACCGGUUCCUCAUAGACAGCAACGGGCAGGUCAUCACAACGGAAAGGCUAGACAGGGAAAAUCCUUCGGAAGGCGACAUCAGCAUUUUCCUGAGGGCCCUGGAUGGUGGUGGGAGGACCACUUUCUGUACCGUGAGGGUGAUUGUGGUCGAUGAAAAUGACAAUGCCCCCCAGUUCAUGACUGUGGAGUACAGAGCCAGUGUCAGGGCGGAUGUCGGAAGAGGUCACCUGGUCACUCAAGUUCAAGCCGUGGAUCCGGAUGAUGGAGCCAAUUCAAGGAUUACUUACUCCCUGUAUAGCGAGGCCUCUGUCUCCGUGGCUGACCUCCUGGAAAUCGAUCCUGACAAUGGCUGGAUGGUCACCAAGGGCAAUUUUAACCUGCUGAGAAAUACAGUGUUGUCGUUCUUCGUGAAAGCAGUGGACGGCGGCAUCCCUGUGAAGCACUCCCUCAUCCCCGUGUAUAUCCACGUGUUGCCACCUGAAACAUUCUUGCCAACAUUCACCCAGCCUCAGUACUCCUUCACUGUGGCUGAGGACACGGCCAUUGGGAGCACCGUGGACACGCUGAGGAUCUUGCCCACGCAGAGUGUCCGGUUCAGCACGGUGAAUGGGGAGCGGCCAGAAAACAACAAAGGAGGGGUCUUCGUCAUAGAGCAGGAGACGGGCACCCUCAAGCUUGACAAGCGCCUGGAUCACGAGAUCAGCCCCGCUUUCCACUUUAAAGUAGCCGCCACUAUACCGCUGGACAAGGUGGACAUUGUGUUCACCGUGGAUGUGGACAUCAAGGUCUUGGAUCUGAAUGACAACAAGCCAGUGUUUGAAACGUCCACCUAUGAGACAAUCAUAAUGGAAGGGAUGCCUAUGGGCACCAAAGUCACCCAAGUGAAAGCGCUUGACAUGGACUGGGGGGCCAACGGGCAGGUCACUUACUCCCUCCACUCAGAUUCCCAGCCCGAGAAGAUAAUGGAAGCUUUUGGCAUUGACAGCAACACAGGCUGGAUCAGCACCUUGAAGGACCUGGAUCAUGAGACAGACCCCACAUUCACCUUCUCUGUUGUGGCCUCCGACCUUGGAGAAGCCUUCUCGCUCUCUUCCACGGCAGUCGUGUCUGUCAGGGUGACAGAUAUAAAUGACAAUGCUCCAGUCUUUGCACAUGAGGUGUACAGAGGGAAUGUGAAGGAGAGUGACCCACCAGGCGAAGUGGUUGCAGUCCUGAGCACGUGGGACAGAGAUACUUCUGAUAUUAACCGCCAAGUGAGCUACCACAUCACAGGAGGGAAUCCCCGAGGACGAUUUUCACUGGGCCUGGUGCAGAAUGAGUGGAAGGUGUAUGUGAAGAGACCUCUAGACAGAGAAGAACAAGACAUUUACUUUCUCAACAUCACUGCCACCGAUGGGCUCUUUGUCACACAGGCCAUGGUAGAAGUGACUGUCAGUGAUGUGAACGACAAUAGCCCUGUGUGUGAUCAGGCUGCAUAUACAGCACUAUUUCCUGAAGACAUUACAUCAAAUAAAAUUAUCCUGAGGGUCAGUGCGAAGGAUGCCGACAUUGGGGCCAAUGGAGAUAUACGAUACUCACUCUAUGGAUCUGGAAAUAAUGAAUUUUUUCUAGAUCCAGAAAGUGGGGAGUUAAGAACCUUGGCGUGGCUGGACCGGGAGCGGGUGCCUGUGUACAGCCUGGUCGCCAGGGCUACGGACGGAGGGGGCAGGUUCUGCCAGUCAGACAUCCGCCUGAUCCUGCAGGACGUGAACGACAACCCACCUGUGUUUUCUUCUGACCACUACAACGCCUGUGUCUAUGAGAAUACUGCCCCCAAGGCUCUGCUGACCAGGGUGCAAGCUGUGGAUCCUGAUGUUGGUAUCAACAGGGAGGUGGUGUACUCGCUGGCCGACUCUGCUGAUGGGUUCUUCUCCAUUGAUGGCUCGUCGGGCAUCAUCAUGCUGGAGCAGCCGCUGGACCGAGAACAGCAGUCCUCCUACAACAUCAGUGUGCGAGCCUCCGACCAGAGCCCUGGGCAGGCCCUGUCUUCUCUCACCACUGUCACCAUCACCGUCCUGGACAUUAACGACAACCCCCCUGUGUUUGAGAGAAGGGACUACCUGGUCUCUGUGCCUGAGGACACCUCGCCGGGCACUCAGGUCCUUGCUGUUUUUGCCACCAGCAAAGAUAUUGGCACAAAUGCUGAGAUUACGUAUCUCAUUCGAUCUGGGAACGAGCAAGGGAAAUUUAGAAUCAACCCAAAGACAGGGGGAAUUUCUGUCUCUGAAGUCCUGGAUUAUGAAAUGUGCAAAAAGUUUUACUUGGUGGUGGAAGCUACAGAUGGCGGUACCCCAGCCCUGAGUGCUGUGACCACGGUUAGCAUCAACAUUACGGACGUGAACGACAACCCUCCCAAGUUCAGCCAGGGCAUCUACAGCGCUGUCAUCAGUGAGGACGCCUCUGUCGGGGACUCUGUCAUUUUGCUAAUAGCAGAAGAUGUAGACAGCCAACCCAAUGGACAGAUUCAUUUUUCCAUUGUGAAUGGAGAUCGAGACAAUGAAUUUGCUGUGGAUCCUGUUGUGGGGCUUGUUAAGGUCAAGAAGAAAUUGGAUCGAGAACGGGUGUCUGGAUACUCCUUGCUUGUCCAGGCAGUGGACGGUGGCAUUCCUGCCCUGUCAUCAACUGCAACUGUCAACAUUGACAUUUCUGAUGUGAAUGACAACAGCCCAGUCUUUACGCCUGCUAACUACACUGCUGUGAUUCAGGAAAACAAGCCAGUUGGCACCAGCAUUCUACAGCUCAUGGUGACAGACAGAGACUCCUUUCACAAUGGGCCUCCUUUCUCAUUCUCUAUUUUGUCUGGUAACGAAGAGGAAGAGUUUAUGUUGGAUCCACAUGGGGUUCUGAGGUCAGCUGUGGUCUUCCGGCACACGGAGUCCCUAGAAUACGUGCUGUGUGUCCAGGCGAAGGACUCGGGGAAACCCCAGCAAGUGUCUCGCUCCUACAUCCGUGUGCGGGUGAUUGAGGAAAGUAUCCACAAGCCCACGGCCAUCCCCCUGGAAAUUUUCAUCGUCACCAUGGAGGAUGACUUUCCUGGCGGGGUCAUCGGGAAGAUCCAUGCCACGGAUCAAGACGUGUAUGACGUGCUCACAUUUGCCCUGAAAUCCGAGCAGAAAAGCUUGUUCAAAGUGAACAGCCACGACGGGAAAAUCAUUGCGCUGGGCGGCCUGGACAGUGGCAAGUACGUCCUGAACGUGUCGGUGAGUGAUGGCCGCUUCCAGGUGCCCAUCGACGUGGUGGUGCACGUGGAGCAGCUGGUGCACGAGAUGCUGCAGAACACCGUCACCAUCCGCUUUGAGAACGUGUCCCCUGAGGACUUCGUGGGGCUGCACAUGCUGGCCUUCCGACGCACGCUGCGGAACGCAGUCCUCUCCCAGAAGCAAGACAGCCUGCACAUCAUCAGCAUCCAGCCCGUGGCGGGCACCGGCCAACUGGACAUGCUCUUUGCGGUGGAGAUGCAUAGCAGUGAGUUCUACAAGCCAGCCUACCUCAUCCAGAAGCUGUCCAACGCCCGCAGACACCUGGAGAACGUCAUGCGCAUCUCCGCCAUCCUGGAGAAGAACUGCUCAGGGCUGGACUGUCAGGAGCAGCACUGCGAGCAGGGCUUGUCUCUGGACUCCCACGCGCUCAUGACCUACAGCACAGCCCGCAUCAGCUUUGUGUGUCCACGUUUCUACAGGAACGUGCGCUGCACCUGCAAUGGAGGCCUGUGUCCAGGGUCCAACGACCCUUGUGUGGAGAAGCCGUGCCCAGGGGACAUGCAGUGUGUGGGUUAUGAAGCCAGCAGGAGGCCGUUCCUCUGCCAGUGUCCACCAGGGAAGCUCGGAGAGUGCUCAGGGCAUACGUCUCUCAGCUUUGCUGGAAACAGUUACAUCAAGUACCGGCUUUCUGAAAACAGCAAAGAGGAAGACUUUAAGCUAGCACUACGUCUGCGAACUCUGCAGAGCAAUGGGAUUAUAAUGUACACCAGAGCGAAUCCCUGCAUAAUUCUGAAGAUUGUGGACGGCAAGCUGUGGUUCCAGCUGGACUGUGGCAGCGGGCCCGGCAUCCUGGGCAUCUCGGGCCGCGCGGUCAAUGACGGCAGUUGGCACUCGGUCUUCCUGGAGCUCAACCGCAACUUCACCAGCCUGUCUUUGGACGACAGCUACGUGGAACGGCGCAGGGCGCCCCUCUACUUCCAGACGCUGAGCCCCGAGAGCGCCAUCUACUUCGGAGCCCUGGUGCAGGCCGACAACAUCCGCAGCCUGACCGACACGCGGGUCACGCAGGUGCUGAGCGGCUUCCAGGGCUGCCUGGACUCGGUGGUGCUCAACAACAACGAGCUGCCGCUGCAGAACAAGCGCAGCAGCUUCGCCGAGGUGGUGGGCCUCACGGAGCUCAAGCUGGGCUGUGUGCUCUACCCGGACGCCUGUGAGCGUAGCCCGUGCCAGCACGGCGGCAGUUGCACGGGCCUGCCCUCCGGGGGCUACCAGUGUGCCUGUCUUUCUCAGUUCACCGGGAGAAACUGUGAAUCUGAGAUUACAGCCUGCUUUCCAAAUCCCUGCCGAAAUGGAGGCUCCUGCGACCCAAUUGGAAACACUUUCAUCUGUAAUUGUAAAGACGGGCUCACUGGGGUCACGUGUGAAGAGGACAUCGAUGAGUGUGAGCGCGAGGAGUGCGAGAACGGGGGCGCAUGCGUGAACGUGUUCGGCUCGUUCCUGUGCAACUGCACGGCGGGCUUCGUGGGCCAGCACUGCGCGCUACGGCCCGUGGUGGUGCCGGACAUCCAGGCAGGCCACGCCUACGUGGGCAAGGAGGAGCUCAUCGGUAUUGCCGGCGUGCUCCUCAUCAUCUUCCUGCUCGUCGUCCUCUUCAUCGUCUUCCGCAAGAAGGUCUUCCGCAAGAACUACUCGCGCAACAACAUCACGCUGGUGCAGGACCCCGCCACGGCGGCGCUGCUGCACAAGAGCAACGGCGUGCCCUUCCGGAGCCUGCGCGCCGGCGACAGCCGCAAUGUCUACCAGGAGGUGGGGCCCCCGCAGGUGCCCGUGCGCCCCAUGGCCUACACGCCCUGCUUCCAGAGCGACUCCAGGAGCAACCUGGACAAGAUCGUGGACGGGCUGGGCGGCGAGCACCAGGAGAUGACCACCUUCCACCCGGAGUCCCCGCGCAUCCUCACGGCCAGGCGGGGUGUGGUCGUGUGCAGCGUGGCCCCCAACCUCCCGGCCGUGUCGCCCUGUCGCUCAGACUGUGACUCCAUCCGGAAGAAUGGCUGGGACGCAGGGACGGAAAACAAAGGGGUGGAUGACUCAGGAGACGUUACGUGCUUCGCCGGCAGUAAUAAAGGCAGCAAUUCAGAGGUCCAGUCCCUCAGCUCCUUCCAGUCGGAUUCCGGUGAUGACAAUGCCUAUCACUGGGAUACGUCUGACUGGAUGCCAGGGGCCCGCCUGUCGGACAUAGAGGAAGUGCCCAACUAUGAGGCCCAGGAUGGAGGCUCUGCGCAUCAGGGCAGCACGCGGGAGCUGGAAAGCGAUUACUACCUGGGAGGCUAUGACAUCGACAGCGAGUACCCACCCCCUCAUGAAGAGGAGUUCCUGAGUCAGGACCAGCUGCCCCCGCCCCUGCCUGAAGACUUUGCAGACCAGUAUGAGGCCCUGCCACCCUCCCAGCCUGUCUCGCUGGCCAGCACGCUGAGUCCAGACUGCAGGAGAAGGCCGCAGUUCCACCCGAGCCAGUACCUCCCUCCUCACCCAUUCCCCAACGAGACAGAUCUGGUGGGCCCACCGGCCAGCUGUGAAUUUAGUACUUUUGCCGUGAGCAUGAACCAGGGCCCAGAGGCCACAGGACCAUCAGACAGUGUAUCUUUAUCCUUGCACAAUUCUGGGGGCACCUCAUCCUCGGAUGUGUCAGCCAACUGUGGCUUUGACAACUCUGAAGUAGCCAUGAGUGACUAUGAGAGCGUGGGGGAGCUCAGCCUCGCCAGCCUGCACAUUCCAUUCGUUGAGACUCAGCACCAGACCCAGGUGUAA